CACUUAUGCUCCUCCUACACAUGGAAUUUUUUUCCAUUCUCAGUGGUCAUGUUGAUCUUUAAAAAAACAAAACAAGUUAAACGCUUUACAGGGCUUCAUAGAACUUUGGACAACCAUAUAGAGAUAUCUAAGAAUUUUAGGAUACAUGGGCAUGAGGGCACUGUUUCCUUCAUAACUGCAUUAACUGAGCAGUUAUAUGCUGCUUGCAACACACUAAGGCUUUUGUCAAAUGCGGAUUAUAAAGUAUGUGUUGUUGGUCCCUUUGAGGUAAAAUUUCUCUCUUCAUUCAUACACACCCGCUUGCGGCUUUACUUGUGUUCCGUAGUUCCGCCCCCCUCAAUCUGGCUGCCAGUUUACAGAUUUUGGCUUUGCUAUUUUAAGAUAUAUAUUACAGUAAGGUAAAAUGUAAUCACACUUACACUAAUGAUAUUACUUUGAAAACCACCAAGAAAAUGCAAAACCAUAUUUUCUGAUUUUCAGAAUUUUCUCUAAGUUGUUGAAAAAGUAGAAAGAAGAAAAUGAUAAUGAGCCCAUAGAUUCUCAUUUGCUUCAUUUUGUGGCAUAUUUUCUUUAACCAUUACCAUUUUAGUGUCAUAUGUCACCAUGUGAGAUUAAAAGAAAGCACUUCAUAUUUCUAAUCUGCAGGUUAGCUCGAGGGAACCUCUUCGUCGUGCUGCUGCUGCUGAAUUAAUGGAGAUAAUUGGAUCUGCGGUCAGGUGUUUCUAUUCGAGAAAUGCAUGCAUGUAGACAUAUCUUCUUCUUGUGACAAAUGUUUUAAUUGUGUAGCAUGUACGUAAUUGUGUGUUUAAAUUUGUAAAUAAAAUAAACCCAACUUUCGUGUGGAUAACCGCUCUUAUACUUGGGUUCUUUCCAUAACUCGAACAUGUAUGGACUUAUACUUGGUGUUAUUCAACAACUGGAAACAUAUAUAGAGAGAGG